AUGAAAAUGAGAACCCGCUUCUCGAAAGAAGAUGACAUAGCGAUGCUGAAAUUCUUCAUCAAAAUGAAACGAAAACAAAUCACAACUGAACCAUUCGGAUUAAAGCUAUGGGAAGUUUAUCGGGAGAAGAUGGAUGCGAGUCAUUCCGCUCACUCGUACUCGUGUCGGUUUCGGCGACACACGACGCGAAACAUCGCCCGUUACAAAAUGGAAUUCGAUUCGUUCGAAUAUCGAUAUCUUGUGCGAAAAUUUCGUGAUCGAAUCGUUUUGGAUAACUCGAUGAACAAUGAAUCCGACAAAGACGUUGAAGACAGCGCCGAGUUUUAA